AUGGCAUCCGAAUCCACGCAUACUGAGUCACAAGUAUACCUCUCUACGAGGGGCGGCGACUAUGGUGAAAGCUGGAAGGAUCUCUCCUACACCGACCUCGCUUUCCAGAUCUUCUCCCUCUACAUCUCUCGCAGCGAAAUCCCCGCCGACGACCUCAAGGCCAUCAUCGAGCGAAGUUACUCAACAUUCCGUGCCAAGGAGGUCACUCCUUUGGUCAAGCUUCAGGACAACCUCCACCUCCUCGAGCUCUUCCACGGACCUAGCUACUCCUUCAAGGAUUGCGCCCUGCAAUUCCUUGGUAACCUUUUCGAAUAUCUUCUGGCCCGAAAGAACGAGGGCAAGGAAGGACGAGACAGACACCAUCUGACCGUUGUCGGUGCGACAAGUGGCGAUACUGGAUCUGCCGCUAUUCACGGUCUUCGAGGCAAGAAGGAUGUGUCAGUAACCAUCCUACAUCCUAAGGGCCGUGUCAGCCCUAUCCAGGAGCUUCAGAUGACAACUUGCACCGACGCCAACGUUCACAACCUGGCCGUGACAGGCACUUUCGACGACUGCCAAGACAUCGUCAAGGCUCUGUUCAGCGACCCCGAGACGAACAAGGACCUGAAGCUUGGAGCCGUCAACUCGAUCAACUUUUCCCGAAUCCUUGCCCAGAUCGUCUACUACUUCUACUCAUACUUCACUCUUGCGAAGCAGAACCCCGAUUUCAAGGUCGGCGACAAGGUCCGCUUCGUUGUGCCAACCGGAAACUUUGGCGAUAUUCUGGCUGGUUACUUCGCGACCCGCAUGGGUCUUCCUGUUGACAAGCUUGUCAUUGCCACUAACGAGAAUGACAUCCUCGAUCGAUUCUGGAAGACCGGCCGAUAUGAGAAGCAUGUUGCCCGAGGUGCCGAGGCUGAGGGCGGUCUGGAGGUUGACGGAGUCAAGGCUCAUGAGGAUGGUGUGAAGGAGACUCUCAGCCCCGCUAUGGAUAUUCUGGUAUCCAGCAACUUCGAACGACUUCUCUGGUUCCUCGCCUACGAGUUCGCCGCCACCGUUGGCAUGGAUGUUGAGUUUAACCGAAAGCAAGCAGGUCAGGAGGUCAGCGCAUGGCUCAAGGACCUGAAGGUUAAGGGAGGCUUCGGGCCCGUCUACCUGGAUGUCCUCACCAGCGCACGAAAGACUUUCGAGAGCGAGAGAGUCAGCGACCCCCAGACUCUCGAGACUAUCAAGGAGAUUUACGAGAAGGUCGGAUACAUCCUCGACCCUCACUCUUCGGUCGGUGUCACCGCUUCCACUCGAUCUCUGCAGCGAGCUGGACCCAACGUUCCCCAUAUCUCUCUCUCUACCGCCCACCCCGCCAAGUUCGCCGGCGCCGUCGAGCUUGCUCUCAAGGACGAGAAGGACUUUAACUUUGAGGAGAAGGUUCUUCCUGAGGAGUUCGUCGGUCUUGACCAGAAGCCCAAGCGUGUUUCUGAUGUUAGCAACGAUUGGAAGGCCGUGAGGGAGCUGGUCAAGGAGCAGGUUGAGAAGGAGCUUUCGGGUCAGCACUAG